UUCAAGCAAGAAUUAGAUAUCUUCUAUUUUGCUUCUUUUCCUACAGAAGAGAAGCAGGAAAUCAAAUACUGGGGGAUAUACUGCACAAGUAUAACUUCAAGAAACCCAAGUCAGUGCAAACAAUUAAAAAAACAAUGGAACCGAAGACAGCGAACCUUCCAGGGAUGCUAUGGACAUUUACCCCCUCUGCUGAUAUUUGUUUCUGUAGUUGAGGUUCAGUUAUAUCACAGUUUAGACAACUCCCUAGAAACAAUGAUCGCUGUUAAAGCUGCUCCAGGAGCACAGGAAUUCCUUUGAUGAACUCUAAGAGACUGGUAACAAUACCUCCUGAAGGGCCAUGUUGCUAGGUAACAGCUUGUUUCCUUGGUCACAGUGAAUCCAUGGAAGACCCCCAAAAGAGGUUGCAGAUUCUUGGUGGACAGCUCUCGUAUCCCCUCCAGGGAACAUGAUGAAAAAUGUCUUCAGAAAAAUAGCUUUAUGAAGGCAAGAGGACUUUUUGCACCUGCAAGACAUGUCUGAAAGCUCCUCAGGUCAAAACACAAGUAGUCAAGAGAUUUGUCCAUCUAAUUCAUCAUACUACUCUGAUCCAAGUGAGACCCACACUGGGUCAGCUCCAUCAAGGAAAAGAACAUUCCACCCACGUUUGGAUUCUGGAAUAUCAUCCUUGCUUCCAUCAGAUUCUUGUAAGUACCUCACUUGGAACAAGGUAGAACAACAUGACAUUCAAGGAAGUCAACUGCGUUGCCCAAGAGUAAGAGAAGGACCCUCUGAAGAAGAGCAACUUUUCAGACAGGUAGAGUGUACCUUGCCCCCAAGGAAAAGAGUUCUUGAAAAAAACAAAUGGGAAACAUGGCUACAAGAAAACUGGGAAGACUGCAGGAAUUUGAACAUUUCAUUUCAGGAUUUGGGGGAUCCUUACCAAGUUGAAAAUUUUAACAGAAUUCUUAGAAGACUAAUUCGAGUUGAAACCCUCUGGUUAGUGGAUAAUUCACUGGUGGACUUAAGUGCCAUAAGAUUGCCAAGCUGCAGAAUUUUAAAUAUGAGCAAAAACCAUCUCAUGUCUUUCAAACAAUUACCAAAGAUACCUCAGAUACAGCAUUUAUCCUUGGCCGAAAACCACAUUGAGACUCUUAUUGGACUCUCCAGUUUACGUUGCACUCCACUGGAAUCCCUUAUUCUUAAGAGGAACCCUUGUGAGUUCCACCAAAAUUACAGGAAGCGAUCCUCCAAUAAGAAGACAGCACAAUUCAAAAGAGAAAGGACUUAAUAAUAGAACUAAUAGUAGUAUUCUCCUGUUUGCCAAACUUAAAAAUGCUGGAUGGAAUCUUGAAGCUACCAGAAGAUUGCUCAUCACCAGAAACCAAUAUUUUUUCAAAAAUAUGUCUUGUAUCCUAAUGGAGUCUGUAUAGAAAGAAAGCAAUCAUCAUUGCUGCUAAUAGCUAAUAAACACAGGAAAUGCAUGAUUAAAUAUUGCAGUUUAUUUCGU